CGUCAUUAUCAUCAUUGUCGUCAUAGAAAAACAUUAAUAUUGAAAAAAAUUUUAUUUAAAAAAUCAUCAUCAUUGCGACCACAACGACAACGCAACGUUUUAUUAUACAAACGAUUAUUAUGCGUGAAGAGAUUGAAGCGGCUGUUACAUUUUUGACUAGGCUUUUGGCCACUAAAAGUAAUCCGGAUCCUGGUGGAUCCGGUGGUAGUGCUGUUAAUAGUGGGACGUCAAAUGGUUCGUUAACAUCUAAUACCAAUAAUAAUUAUAAUAAUAAUAAUAAUAAUACAACGACUUCAAAAUGUGGAGAUUCAAAAAUAUCGACACAAGAUUCUCAUCAAACAUCAACAGCGACAACAACAACGAAUAAUAGUCAACAAUUAAAUGAAGAGAAAAUCAAAAAAUUCUCACAAAAAUUAAUAGAAAUCUUAACACAACGUUUCCAGAAUCAUUGGUAUCCGAAUAAUCCGUCCAAAGGACAAGGGUAUCGUUGUAUACGGAUUAAUCAAAACUGUCGUGUUGAUUAUUCCAUUGAAAUGGCCUGUCAACAUGCGGGUAUUAGUUAUGAUGCAUUACGUUUGCCAGUCGAAUUGACAUUGUGGAUCGAUCCAUCCGAAGUUACUUGCCGAUUUGGUGAGAAUAAAGGAUCAUAUUGUAUAGUGGCCAAAUUGGGCGAUGGUCGUAAAGAGAAUUUUGUUGAUUCAAUCAAUAUUGAUGAAUUGGAACAACGAUCUAUCGAACAUCGAUCGAAAACGGCGUUUGAAAAUUCUUCACGUAUGAAAAUGAAAUCCCUAUCUCAUCUGGCACAACAUCAAAGACAUUUGACAUCGAUGGCUGUUGCUGCCCACUUGGCUGGAUCAGCUGGUGUUUCAUCGACUAAACAACAAAAUCGUCAACAAUCACCUGCAGCCAGUCUGAUGAAUCAAUUCAUUUCGACAACAUCGGCAAGCUUUGUAAAUAAUAGUGUCGCUUCUUAUCAUGCAAUGAACGGAAAUGGUGGUGCCGGUGUAGCAAAUGGAGCACUCGCUGCUGCUGGUUCUACACCUAAUUCUCAUCAUGGAAUCGGAGCAUCACCAGUUGGUGGCGCUGCAUCAUUGACCAAUGGUUUUAGUGGUGUUGAUCAUCAUGCAUACGCAUCGGCACUUGGUGCCACUGUUAAUGGUCUUGGUCCAGUAUUUGGUCCAGUUAGUACCGGUGGACCUGGUUCUGGUUCUGCAUCAGCUGGACCAUUAUUUCCUGGAGCAGCCGGUGCUACCGGUUCUCAAACUACGAAUCAACAACCUGGUGGGCCAGCAGGCGCACCACCUGGACCAUUUCAACCUUAUCAAUCAGCGGCACAAUAUUUUUUCCAUCAACAACAACAUGUCAAUUUUCAGCAACAACAACAACAACAGCAAAUGGCUGCCGCUGCUGCCAUACAACAUCAAGGAUCAUGGUCCCCCGCUUCCGGUUUGUUUGGUGCCGCUAAUUCGGCAAGUAAAUUUCUAACCGGAAUGACAGGCGGUGGUGCUGGUUCACCACAACAACAAGCACAUCCCGCAUCAUCAUCGACCCCGCCAACAACAUCAGUUAUUGGUCAAUCACGUGCUGCUUCAUUGGGUGGUGUAGUAUCAUCAUUAACAUCCGGAGGUUUUGGUACGAAUCGUGUACAAACAUCAUCAUCAGCAACGACACCAACGAAUGUAGCAGUCAAAUCGAAUAGUCAAACCAAUUCGAAUGCUGCUGGCCUAUUAACCAAUGGUGGCCUAAUGAGCGGCAAUGGAGCCAAUUCAAAUCCAGUCGGAUCGAAUUCAGUGACAGCAAAUGGUGCGAAUCCAAAUGCACCGGUAUUUGUACCACGUGCAAAUUACUUAUACUCACAAUUUAAUCUUUCGGCUCAACCAUUCACACCAUCAUCGUUGGCUAACAGUUUCGGUAUUGAAUCAACAAAUGGUUCACCAUCAUCAACAGCAACAUCAAUGAAAGAUCGUCGUACUGGAUCAUCAUCCGUAUCACCGGGUAUUGGCCAAACAUCAUCAUCAUCGACAUCAUCAACUGUUACAGGUGGAGGUGUUAGCGUGGCUGCUACAGCAGCAACAGCUACAACUGCUGGUACACCACUAGUGUUACGAUAAUAUACAUACACAUCCACACCACACCUACCUAGAUAUAGUAAAAUUUUGAGACCAAAAUUUUUGAAGUUAAUGAUAAUUUUAUUGCUAUUAUUGUCUAACUAAACUACUAAAAUUCUUGAAGAAAAACCAUUUCAUUUAAACAUAAACACUUACAAACAGAGAGAUUUAUAUUCAAGACAUUUAUAAAUAUGUUCAAUUCAAUUUUUUUCCUUCAUACACACACUAAACACACGUUUUGUCAAUUUAUCAAUUUUAAACAAUCACACAUCUAUUAAAUAUAUUUUAAUCCAUAAUUCAUCCAUUUUUUUUCUUUCAUCAAUUCAUCAUUUGAUUUUCUUUGUUUUUCAUUUCAUUUUCUUUUAGUUUUGAAUAAUAAGCGAAAAAACUAUAUUACAAUUUUUAAAUAGAUUUUUGAUAAGAUAUUUCAUUCACACGCAUCCUCAAACACACACCCACACAUUGAUUUGAUGGAGAAUUUUUUUCCUCUUUUUUUUGCUGAUGAUUUUAUCGAAUCAAAUCAAUCAAUCAAUGAAAAAAAUUGAUUCUGAAAUAGACAACAAACAACAAUGAUUCUUUUUGGUGUUUGUGUUGAUAAGAAUUAAUAUAUCCUCACUCAUUCAUGUUCAUAAACAGCCAAAAAGUCUUUCGAUUAAUACUGGACAACUUAAACAUACAUGCUUCUAAUAUAUUGAUGAUUUAUGACCAAUGAUGAUGAUGAUCACUACUUUAAUUUACACUCACAUACACAAGAAUGGAUUUUUUUUAAAUUUUUUUUUUUAGCAAAAACAAAACCAAAUUCCUGAAUACAAACACACGCACACACACACACACACACACAUACACACACACACUAGUGGUGUAAGUCAGCCAGCCAUCGCAGAAUUUGUAUGAUAUUUACAUCUACCACCAGCCGAACUUUAUUGGGAUGAUUAUCGAUGAUAAUGAUGAACUAUGUUGAUGAUGAUUUCAAGAUCCUAUGCCAAUAUUUCAUUCAUUCAAAAUAUAACAGGCAAAAAUGCAAACAUCAGCCUCGACAUUUGGUAUAUUAAACAACGAAAACAAAAUGAAAUUGAUUAUUAAUCUAAAAAAACAAAGAAGAAUGAUUCUGGAUCUGUGAUAUUUUUUUUCGUAUAAAUAUUUAAACAAAACAAAAAAAAAGAAUAACUCAAAAAAUGUUCUCAACAACCACCAUCUUCAUAUAUAUCAUCAAAUCAUCCGUCUUGUCUACGUUUUCCUUUUUCCUGUGUAAAUUUUUUUUUAAUUGUGUAAAUUAUAUUCUUUUGCCGAACUGUUGCUUGUUUUUUUCCUUCCCAUCAUCAUCG